GACCACCUGUUAGCCAAUGAGAGAAUGAAAGAGUGGCGUCCUCGGGAGAGAGGAUAACCAAUGCGGAGGCGCGUUUUGCCAGCUAGCGUCUUGAACGCCGGGGCAGCCAAUAGGGCUCCGGGAGGGUAGAUUUGAAACGUGAAGGCAAGCGGCGAGUGAGGCGACGCCGAGGGGGGGAAAAGGCGCGUCUGCAGCUGGGGGCUCCCUCAAGCCUGUGCGGCAGGAUCAGUGUGGAGCGGCCUUUCCAAUGCAAAGCAGAACUGCUUUUUUCUUCAUCGGUGUGUGAACGAGCAGUCCCUGCAGGAAUUGUUCUGUUGCAUAGCAAUGAAGAAACAGUUCCACAGAAUUAGAGCAUUAGAUCCAUUAUCCAGUGAUAGAGUGGCUGUUGGGAGCUGCAGUAAUCUUGGGAACAGUCUUUCUGACGUGGUGCUGCACACCAGGGUCUCCCCCCUGGGGCUGUGAGAUCUGAGGGUCUCCCAGGUGUGUCUGGAGGGAAGAGGACUUUCGUCACUGAGGAUGGCAAAUAAGGAAAAUGUGAGCAGUAUAUAUAACAGCCUUUCCAAAUAUCGGGUUAACAGCCUAACAGGCCCUCAGCGGGUUCCCUGUAAGGAUACCAGCACCCCAUCCAGCACCCCUUCUGGAUCGCUUUUGAUGCAAAGAGCUAUUACCAACAGCACAAAGCAGAACCUGAAGGCUUCCUGUGCCCAGAAUAUGGCUGUUCCAGGCAGGGUGCCUGCUGAGUCUAGUUGCACUGCUCAGCCACUGCAGGAAGGCUAUGAGCGAGUCUUCACCAUUGAUGACUUUGAGAUUGGGCGGCCUCUAGGCAAAGGGAAGUUUGGGAACGUCUACCUGGCUCGGGAGAAACAAUCCAAGUUCAUUGUGGCUCUCAAGGUGCUCUUCAAAUCCCACAUGGUGAAGGAGGGCGUGGAGCAUCAGCUGCGGCGGGAGAUUGAAAUCCAGAGUCACCUCAGUCACCCCAAUAUCCUGCGCCUUUACAACUACUUCCACGACCGGAAGCGCGUAUACCUGAUCCUGGAGUACGCCCCUCGUGGGGAGCUCUAUAAGGAACUGCAGAAGUAUCAGCGCUUUGAUGAGGAGAGGAGCGCCACGUACAUGGAAGAGCUGGCUGAUGCUCUCCUCUACUGUCACCGUAAGAAGGUGAUCCACCGCGACAUCAAGCCGGAGAACUUGCUUAUGGGGCUGAAGGGGGAGCUGAAGAUAGCUGAUUUUGGCUGGUCUGUACACGCCCCCUCUCUCAGGAGAAAGACCAUGUGCGGAACUUUGGACUACCUGCCUCCCGAGAUGAUUGAAGGCAAAACGCACAAUGAGAAGGUCGAUCUCUGGUGCAUUGGGAUCUUGUGCUAUGAGUUCUUGGUGGGGCACCCGCCCUUUGAGAGUGCCUCCCACUCAGAGACGUACCGCCGCAUCGUAUCGGUAGAUCUUAAGUUCCCACCAUUUGUGACAGAAGCUGCCCGCGACUUGAUUUCAAAGCUGCUGCGCCAUAACCCGGCUGAACGGCUCCCACUGCAGGCUGUGAUGGAACACCCCUGGGUGAAAGCCAACUCGCGACGGGUGCUGCCCCCCGUGUUUAACCCUGUGCCUGUGAACUAGAUGCACAAAGAGGGAUUAGACACAACCGAACAAUGGCCAAGAAUUAUUUUUGGCUUAGUCUGGUUGCAUUCUUGGAGUUGCCUUUCAAAUGAUGGCAGGGGUUUUGCCCCCAGAGGUCACUGCUGGAAGAACUGACCGAAGUCUAGUGCGUUUCUGCCUACUAGGGAUUUCUUGUACUCAAUACCCCUCGUAUGAUUGCUGAUGUGCUCUUCAGUAUCCAUAUUGAAAAAUGUGUGUUAGUUCAAUUGGGACUAACAUGAGUAUGGCCUUCAAUCCAUACUCUCAGAAAACCCCUUUUCCCCUUAUUAAUAAGCUUGCAGCCACUUGGGUGUUUCUAAGAUCUUGUUCCUGUGGUAUCCUUUUUUUGGUGUGUGUAUAUAUAUAUAUGUAUACUAUUGUGACUUUUUGUGUUCUUAAUAAAAAUUUGUCUAGAGGAAA